AUGGCUGGGUCUUAUAAGUUCUGUAUCUCUCUGAUAAAGGUCUUCGCAGACUGUCAUUCCCUUCCCAACUCUGCCCAACAUCGCCGCCGAGUGCCAGCUGGUCCUAAAGAAGUCAUCGUUACUGGUACCUUCGACAACUGGGGCAAGACUUUGCCUUUAGUCAAGCAGGUUGACGGUUCCUACGAAUUGACCGUGCCUUUGUUGGCCAACGAGACCAUCUUAUACAAAUACGUUGUUGAUGGAGAAUGGCUUGUUAACCAGUCUCAGCACGUUACUCGUGAUGGAAGCGGCAUUGAAAACAAUUCAUUGGAGGCCAAUGACUUGGUUGCUGCCUCAAGCACCCAGUCCAAAAUUCCAGAGGCUGGCGGAUUAUCUGUCGCCGACCAAGCCACUGCUACUGCUGCCGCCACCGCUGCCACUGAUGGUGCGCAAUCUUCUGACCUCAAGACCACUGUGAUGCCAUCUACUGAGGGCCAGCAAACUACUUUGGGUGAGCCAGGUAUUUUCGUGCCAAAGGAUCCUGAGGCAUUGGCAGCCUUCGAGACGGUUCGUAACGUCGACCCAAAGACCUUGAACGAACCAGAAGAGGUUACCCCAGUCUUGAGUGCCGAGGAGAAGAAGAAGCAGAAGAAGAAGUUGAAGAGAACACAGUACAAGGCUAGAAAAAAGCAGCAGAAGGCCAACGGUACUUCGAGCAGCGAAGUAUCUCCUGAGCCAGAGACCCUUGACCCUGCUGUUGUUGGUGCCAUUGGCGCUGGCGGACUUGCUGGUGCUACUGGUGCUGGCCUUGCCGCCACCCAGGCACACAAUGCUCCAGAGACUGCCCCAGAAGUUUCUGAGGCUGUUCCAGAGGUCUCCGAAGCUGUUCCAGUUACUUCCGAGCCAGUUCCAGCUGCCACCGAGCCACUCCCAACCACCGAAAGCGUCAGUGAGACUGCACCAGUGGUUGCCGAGUCCGCCCCUCUUGUCACUGAGGAAGUCUCUGCUGCCCCAGUGGAGACACCAGUCGUUAAGGAUGUUGAGCCAACUAUUGAGCCAGCCAUCAACGAGCCAAUCGAAAACGGCGAGCUUGAGACCUCUGUCGUGGCUGACGAGGUCCACGAGACACAAGUUGCUGCUGAGCCAAUCGAGGAAACUGCCCCUGUCGCCUCUCCUAUCGAGACUGCCCCAGUAAUUGCUCAGGCUGACGAAGUCGAGGCCAAGGAGGUGGAUGCUGCCCCAGUCACCAAGGGUAAGGCUUCCUACGAUUCGGAUGAUGAGAUCAUCAUCGCUCAGGGAGGACUGAGCAAGGAGAUCGAGGCUCAGCUCAAAGCUAGUGACAUCAACGCUGAAGAGAUCCAGCCUACCGCCUCUGAGGCCAAGAGAUUGGCAGAGGAGGCAAACAUCGACCCGGCUGAAGCUAAGCCAGCUGGCAAGUCUGCUGCUGCCGCUAAGCCAGCCGCUAAGACCUCAAAGUCCACCAAGAAGGACGAGAAGAAGAAGAAGAGCGGUUUCAUUUCCAAGCUUAAGAAAUUGUUCAAGUAA